AUGAAACAUGAUUCAGAACAAUUACUAUGUAAACAUUGUGCUAAGCUUUUAAAGUCCAAACAGUAUUGCGGUAUAUGCAAGAAAAUUUGCAUCACACGGAUGUGGAAAUUGGUUUGUUGUGAUGGAUGUCAAGUUUGGGUUCAUAUAGAAUGUGACAAAACAUGCGGUAGCCUAAAGGAUCUGGAAAACACUGAUUACUUUUGCCCUGAUUGCAAGCCAAAGUAUUUUAAAUUAUCUGAUACAAUGUACCUACUGAUUUUAACUAAUGAUGCUUGCCUUCUGAACAGAUGUGAGAACAGCAGUUUGCAACACAGACUUCCUGAGGAGAUGAUUGUUUGUUGUUGUGGUAUUGAAGGGAUAUAUUUACCAGAGCAGCAUGUGGUUUUAUGUCAGUGUGUGGCUUGCAAGACAAAGAAGUCAACACUUUGUGAGUGGGAACGGCAUACAGGUUCUAGAAGUAAAAAUUGGAAGAUUAGUGUUAAAGUCAAAAGUACAAUGCUGCCACUGGGAAAAUGGAUAGAACAAUAUGGUGGGUCUUCUGCAAACCAUGCUAAAUGCUUACCUCCAAAAAAGAAACAGAAGCUUAUAGCAUCACUGCAGGAACCAUAUGAUCCAGUGUAUGCUAAAUGGACAACAGAGCGUUGUGCAGUCUGCAGAUGGGUUGAAGAUUGGGAUUACAAUAAAAUCAUUAUCUGCAACAGAUGCCAAAUAGCUGUCCACCAGGAAUGUUAUGGAGCACGAAAUGUACAAGAUUUCACGUCCUGGGUUUGCAGGGCAUGUGAAAUGCCUCUGCAUAAAUGGGAGUGCUGUCUUUGUCCUGUAAAAGGGGGCGCUUUAAAGCCAACAGAUGUUGAUUCUUUAUGGGUCCAUGUUACAUGUGCCUGGUUUCAGCCAGAAGCUUUCUCCAGUGAUGAAACCAUGGAGCCUGCUGUUGGCAUAUUGAAUAUUUCUCCACAAUCAUUUACUAAGACAUGUGUGAUAUGUAAGAAGAUGCAUGGUGCAUGCACAAAAUGCUACAAGUGUUCCACUUAUUAUCAUGCAAUGUGUGCAUCAAGAGCAGGGUAUCGCAUGGAGUUGCACUGCUUAGAAAGAAAUGGGAAACAGAUAACACAAAUGGUCUCAUAUUGCGCAUUUCACAGGGCUCCAAACCCAGAUACUGUCUUGAUUGUGCAGACACCAGCAGGUUUCUCUACCAAAAAUUUGCUCCAAAAUAGUGAGAAGCAGACUGGUUCGAGACUGAUUAGGAAGGACAUCACCCAGGAUGCAGCCCUACCUACUUCACCUUCUGAAUCUUCAUCUGCUGCGAGGUGCCUGAUUUACAAAAGGAUAGACACUAAGGAAGAGAAGGAUCCUAAAUCAUUUUUGACAUUCAGGGAACGCCUUAAAUACUUGCAGUCAACUGAACACAGUAUCUGCUUUGGUAAGUCUGGAAUACAUGGGAUGGGCCUCUUUGCCCGUCGGAACAUUCAGGAAGGAGAAAUGGUGGUUGAAUAUCGCGGUGAGCAGGUAAGACGCAGUGUUGCGGAUCUAAGGGAAGCACGUUAUCGGCUGGAAAAAAAGGAUUGUUAUCUUUUUAAAAUCAGUGAAGAAGUGGUGGUUGAUGCUACAGAUAAAGGAAACAUAGCACGCCUAAUUAACCACUCUUGCAUGCCCAACUGCUAUGCAAGAAUAAUGAGUGUUGGUGACGAUCAGAGCCGGAUUGUACUUAUCGCCAAGAGGAAUGUUUCUGCAGGCGAGGAGUUAACGUACGAUUACUUGUUUGAUCCUGAUGAAGCUGAGGAAUGCAAAGUUCCCUGCCUCUGCAAAGCUCCAAACUGUCGGAAAUAUAUGAAUUAGGCAGUUGUAUAUUACCAUUUAAUUCUUCGACAUGGAAGCCAAUAUUACCAUUUAAUUCUUUGACAUGGAAGCCAUUCUUUUGUCAUUGAGAUUUUCCACUGCUAAAGUUAGAUGAAUCUGUAUUUUAUUUCCAGAUUGUUUAAUAAAUAUCAAGCUACAUCUCGAGGUUACUGACAUUCAGAAGGGUAUCAUCACCAUUGUAAAUUGCUUACUCUAAUGUACAAACUACAGGAUUAUUGUCAAUGAAGCAUUUUCUUAGAUUUUCCC